UCCGCUCAUUCUCUCUCCGAUCGCAGCAAAAGCAGAACGAUGGCAGAAGCCGCUCCCGCUCCAGCCGCCGCCCCGCCGGCCAAAGCUCCCAAGAAGAAGCGCGCCGCCCCGCCCAAGAAAGCCGGCCCCAGCGUCGGCGAGCUCAUCGUCAAGGCUGUUUCGCAGUCUAAGGAGAGGAGCGGCGUGUCUCUCGCCGCCCUCAAGAAAGCUCUGGCUGCCGGCGGUUACGACGUGGACAAGAACAAGUCCCGCGUCAAGAUCGCCGUCAAGAGCCUCGUGACGAAGGGCACUCUGGUGCAGACCAAAGGCACCGGCGCCUCGGGCUCCUUCAAGCUCAACAAGAAACAAGCCGAGCCCAAGAAGAAGGUGGCAAAGAAAGCGGCUCCAAAGGCCAAGAAGGCGGUCGCUAAAAAGCCCGCCGCUGCUAAGAAGCCCAAGAAGGUAGCAGCGAAGAAGCCCGCAGCUGCCAAGAAAUCGCCGAAGAAAGCCAAGAAACCGGCGGCCGCCAAGAAAGUCGCCAAGUCUCCCAAGAAAGCUAAGAAGCCCGCGGCCCCGAAGAAGGCGACCAAGAGCCCGAAGAAAGCGAAGGUGGUCAAACCCAAAGCUGCCAAGCCCAAGGCGGCGAAAAAGGCCGCCCCCAAGAAGAAGUAAACGCGCCGUUUUACCUUCGUGCCCCGUUUUCCCCGCUCAAAAACGGCUCUUUUAAGAGCCCCCCCACAUUUUCCACUCAAGGAGCUCGGUUUUCUUUCGUCCUGCACAAAGUUGUUAAAAUUAAAUAAAUAACAUCCUUUUAGUCCCACAGCGGGGAAAUUCUCCGUGUUACAGCAGCGAAGGGACAGCGAGGCACUCGAGUAAAAGAGAAGUGAG